AGGUACCCAAAUUUAAAUGCAAGAAAUACUUGUAGAUUGAAAAUUUUCCAUUAUCAUUGGCAAAAUCAUCGUGUACUUAUUAAAACUAUGUACUUAACCAUAUUUAUUCAAGUGUGUUUAUUAUAAUUAAUACUACCAAUCUGGCUAAUCAGUAACGUACCGUAUUAUUAUAUGAUGCUGAUUACAUUUACAUAAAUGAUAAUAAAUGCAUUAAAUUGUUAGUCAAACUUAGUCCUCAUUCAUUUAUUGUCACGAUUCAUAAUCAUGGCAUGGCCAUAUGAUGGGUCAUUAAUCAUUAAGUCAUUGUAAUUUUUUUCUUUAAAUAGAUUUUUGGACAUCAGAGCGCUGUGAGCACGGUAAAAUGGCAUAAACACAAGCGUAUCAAUCAUAAUUAGCUAGCUAGGCCUAUACUCUAUACUUACUAUAAUAAUAUAAUUAGCUUACUAUAAUUAAAUUAGACUAAUAAAAUAAUUUUUAUUAAUUCAUUUCAUUCAUUAUAAAAAUAAAUUAUAAAUAAAAUAUAAUUAUAAUAUAAUCAAUAACGACAAUAUUUUUUUAAAAAAUAGGGCCUAUAGCCUACUUUAAUUUUUAUUCAUAUGUCUACUAUGACUAUGUCAAUAUUGAAUAAAGACUAUAGGCCUGCAUAUUUUCACACAUGAAUACAACUCCUGAUAUGGUUUAAAUUUUUAUGAUUGGUCCUGAUUAAAAGAAAGUCAAAAUGGAAAUUUAAAAUUCUCCAAUUAAUAAAUAAUAAUGUGAAUUAUUAUAAAAAAGACACUUUAAAGUAAAAAUAUUUAAAUUAAACGACCCAUAAAAUAAUUAUAACUAAACCAAUGGCAUUUUCAGUUUCUUAUAAAUCUUUUCAUACUAUUCAUACUCAUAGUAUCAAACUUAAGAGAUUUUAUUAUGUGAUUUUCUCCCCUCAUUCACUGUAUACUGUAAACAGUUACAGUUACAGAGAUUAGUUUGGUAUCACUGGAAUUUAGUGUCUAUUGUUAUCACUAGAACGUGUAAGUGUAACCGUGAAGUCAUCUUAAUAAUCUUCUAGACCUAAACUACAAAUGGAGGAUGAAGUCAUUUCUGAAAAAACAGCAGAUGAUGAAGAUGAGGCGAGUAUAUAUUGUGAUUCAAUUAUUUUAAGCCAAAGUGCACAAAUAUAUUUUUACAGCUGCUCUUUUAAAAAUUAAUGAAUAAUGCUGUGCCUCUUCACUGCAAUGCAAUAUUGUCCAAGCCAUUCAUAACAUUUUUCUAAACCUCAUUUUUUCAGUCUAAUUCAACAUGAUACUCUUUCCAUAAUCUGAAACAUGAACUAAAAGUUAACAUUUGGCCUACUAAGGGUCCUUGUUGUAGAUUUUAUUAGGAUUUAUUGUGAAUUUAUGAAAGGAAAAUCGUGAGAUAAGUUCUCUCUCUUAUUUGAUUAAGCAGUGAAUAUAAAAAAGGGAGGGGAGUAGGGUAUGGUGGUAAGGGGAUAACCUAUUAACAUUUGUAGGUAGAAGCAUUUUUUUAAAUAACAGACAAUGUAAACAUUUUAUGAAUUUAAUGUCCAUGUAUUUUGUGAAAUUGACAGUAACACUAUCUGCAAACAACAACACGCAUAUGGUGUUUGUAUGAAAGAGAGGGGGAGCGAGAGAUAACUAUUUCUUAUGCAAACAUCAAUAGCAGUUCUAUGAUUAUAUGCUAUUUAUAAAUUAAUUAAACCAUUUUACUUAAAGCAAUACAUUAAGCUAGUGAAACCAACUUUUACAAAUUUUCACUAAAACAGAAACUUUUUUUCUUAAAUUGGAUAGUUUAGAUUUCAAAAAAAUCAUAGCGCUUAAUUUUCUAUGGAUUAAAAGGAUUUUAUAUAUAGGCUAUCUUAUGAGUUUUUCAUUAAGAAGGAGGAAUGUGAACAGAUUUUUUUAAUAAAGGGGGCGCAGUUGCAAAAAUCUGAAAAUGCAAUGUUGUUCCAAAGGUUGUCUCUCUUACUACUAAAUAAGGUAAUAGUGGGCUAAAUUUUAAGGACACAAUUGUAUAUUCUGAAAAUGCAAUGCUGUUCCAAAAAUCAUCACUCUUGGUUUUAGCUGCUGAUGGACAUAUCUAGGGAAUUAAGUUACUUAAAUCAUUUGUCAGAAUAUUAAGACAAUAUAAUUAUUAAAAUCUCAUUUUUAUAAAUUUUGCAACAUUAUAACUCAUCGGUCAUCAGGCUCCAUUUUGAUAACUGCUCACUUUUUAUCUUUUAUAAUUGGAGCACCAUUGAAUAGAUUAUAUUAUAAAGCAAAAGAAACAACAUUAUUUAACCCAAGAUUAGAAGUCUUUUAAACACUCUAGCUGCCAACAUGGAUUUUCCUUUUAAUUAGCUUUAGUUAAGUGUUGUUCUUUGGGUUUUUUUUUUUUUUGCCCUAUCCACUUUAUGGAUGAUAGGGAAAAGAAUGACUAAUCUCUUGGAAACCAUAUAAUACUGGAUGCUAUUGCAACAGAAAACUGUUCAUUUUACACAAAUCGACGCCAUUCUCAAGAAUAUUCAGUUCAAAAUAAGUGUCACUCAAUAAAUAUUUAUAUGAUUUAUGACUAAGUUAAACUAAUUAUAAUUACAUUUUGCUUCUUAAAAAAAUAGGAUUCAUUUUUUCAAGACAUAGACAUUCUACAGAACCAUGGAAUAGUAAGUAUUUGGGAAGAUACUGUUUUUUUUCUCUUCUUUGAUAAGCUAAGACAUUUAUGCUAAUUAUUUUAUCCUAUAGUAAAUACUUCAACUGACAUAGUUCAAAUUUGUAAAAGUUAUACAUAUUAAAAUGUAACAUCAAUAUUAAUCAUGUUAGAUGUAUAUAUUUUUUAAAGUAUUACUUUCAGAAUAUGGCAGAUAUAAAAAAGUUGAAACAAGCUGGCAUAUGCACUGUUAAAGUAAGUCUAAUAAACUAUAUUUAUUUGAACAUUAAAAGUGAAAUAAUAUAGACAUCUAAAUGAAUUUUAAAAAAUUUAAAAUGAUAACUUCUUAAAGCAUACAUUUUAAUUGUAGAUCUAAAGACUUAUUUUUAAAUUACUUUUUCAGUCACUUAAAUUGUAAUUUUAAAAGCAAUUUUCAACCACUUCCCUUAUUAUAUUGUUAUAUAGACACAAAUUGUUGGUGUCUAAUUAAUCUGAUUUAUCCCAUGAUUUCUGCAUUUUAAAAAUUUUGAAAUUUAAAAUGAAAUAGAGUAACAAUGUGCCUUUGCCUUUAUAAAAUCAACCUUCAAAUUAAUUUGGAAAAAAAAAAAAAAAUGUCAAUCUUACCAGGGAAUACAAAUGAACACAAGAAAGAAGCUAUGUACAAUCAAAGGGAUCUCUGAGGCUAAAAUGGAGAAAAUAAAAGAAGCAGCAGCAAAAUUAUGUGGAGUAAGUGGUUUUAUGCAGUUGUAAAUCAAAAUAAGUGACUAUAUAAAGAAUUAGCCUUGACAAUCUUUCAAUGUCUAAGAAAGUAAAAUAUAAUGUGUAUUCCAUUUUCUGUUACCUAUGUUUCACUGUUUUUUAGCUGAGUUACUUGAUUUUGCUCAAUUUCAUUUUAUAAACCACUGGUUCUUUAGGUCUUUAGGUUUUAAAGUCCCAGAAACAUUUAUGGAACAUUAAAAGCAUUUUUUUUUUAUAAAUGUGGAUGUUCUUUUAAUUAUGUUUGAUGUAUACCAAUUUCCAGUUGUUCAAAGGCAGUAUACUAGAUAGCACACUGUUUAAGUAAGCCACAUGCUAAAUAUAUGUACAUCUAUAAUAAUAUAUAUAUAUAUAUAUAUAUAUAUAUAUAUAUAUAUAUAUAUAUAUAUACAACAUAAAAAAUAUAUAUAUAUAUAUAAUAAUAUAUAUAUAUAUAUAUAUAUAUAUAUAUAUAUAUAUAUAUAUAUAUGUACAUCUAUAUAUAUAGGCCUAUAUAUAUAUUAAAAUACAUAUACAUGUAUGUGCAUAAAUCAAAUUUAAAAUGUUAAACAUAUUUAUUAAAUUAAAACAUAUGUAUAUAGUAAAUAAAAAUGAUCUUAUCUUAAAAUAAAUUGCAAUAUUUCUUAUUUUCUUACAAAGUGUUGUUGUAUUUUUUUUACAUAUAUAUGCGUUGAGGUAUUGAAGGAAGUAUUACACGAAUUUACAAUCCUUAAUUGAUACUAAUUAUGUACAGCAAAUCUAUGUAUAAUCGACCUAGUUGUCCUGCACUGUUGACUGUCCUAAUAACGGUUAAUGUAUCAGUAAGUGAAGUGUUUUCUAAAAAAGAACAACAAGAAAGAAUGUGUUAUUUUACAAUGUGUAAUUUGUUUAAAUAUACAUACAUAUAUUUCUAUAUGUACAUAAGAGUGGAGAAAAUUGUAUACAAAAAUAUUUUAAUAAAUACAUACAUGUAUGUAACAUUGUAUGUGUAAAGUGUAUAUUAUUAUUGAAAAAUACUUACAACUUUCUGGAUCAUGAUGAAAAAGUACUUACUUGUAGCACACUGAAAAGAACUUAUACUUUUAAUCAAUUAAUUUUUUUUUCCACGUUUGGGAAUGACUGCUUUAACAUUGAAUAUGUGUAAAAUGAAUCACCAUAAAAUGAGGACCUUCUGUAAGUUCAUAAAGGGGUAACAGUGUUUGUAUUAAAAACCAAAUCAUUUUAAAGAAUUAAUACUAUUGUUUGGUAAUAGGUUGCAUAUUAACUUAUUAUUUUUUAUACACUUCUAGCAUUUACUUUAUUUUAUAAAUGUUUAUUUUUCAGGAAUCUGCAUUUCUUACGGCCUUAGAGUAUGCAAUAAAGAGAAAACAGGUGUUUAAAGUGUCCACUGGUAGUCAAGAGCUUGAGUAAGUAAUAUUUUUCCUUGACCUUGGAGAAUUCAUUUUUUAAUUCAAUAUUAUAUGCAGGUACCUGUUACUGAAAUAUAUUUUUAACAAGAAAUGAUUUUUAAAAAAUGAUAGAAACAACUUAUGUUUUUUUUACUUACCAUGUAUAAAAGUAGUCACAAAUCUAUUUAAUUACGCUUUAAUUACCUUUAAUGUACCUUAAAUAACUUUAAGAUUGUGAUGUGUGGAGUAUGGGAAUUCACUAGUUAUUGUUGCACACUGAAUUGUGUUUUAUUGGGCAUGGUGUGAUUUAAGAGUUUUCUGCCUUGAAGUUGGUGAUGUAUCUUUAGUGUAAUUCUGAUAGACUACUUGCUGCAACCAAAUACUGGCAUAUGUGCAGCGGUUUGCGAAACGAUGCGGCAAUCCUAACCGCUGCUAGCGGGUGCCAGGGCAGCCUUGAAACUCUCGAUUGAUUUGGAGUCCACGGCGGCAUUGUCCAGUUGGUUCCAUGCAAUUAUUGUUCAUAGGAAGAAUGAUUGUUUAUAUUGAACUGUGUUACACUGAGGCACAGUGAAGCAUUUAUCAUUGUUCCGGAUGUAACUGCUCAUGGAGUUGUCAGAGGUGAAGUCAGUGUUUAUUGAGCGCUUGGCUCUGAUUAAGCGACUGGGGUUCUGGGGUUUAGAUACGUGUUAGCUGGAAUAGCGGCACUAGCCCCGUGACCACUUUAUAGAGAAAUAUUAGAUGGAGCUUUUCUUGUCUGUCUUUGAGGGAGGGGAUGUCAAAUCUUUUUAAGAGGUCAGUGACGAAGCCAAGAGUAGUGGAUUUGUAGUCACUUGCGAUAAAGCACACUGCGUUGCGUUGGAUUUGCUACAUUUUGUCCACGUCUUGCUUUAGGUAGGGGUCCCAGAUUAUCGCACCAUAUUCUAGUAGCGGACGAAUGAGUGCAAGAUAGGCAUUUCAUUUGCAGGAAGUUUGGCAGUGGCGCAGAUUUCUUUGAAUGAAACCAAGUGUGGAGUGUGUUUAUAUGGGGUGACCAUUUUAGAUUAUUCGAGAAGUGAAUUCCAAGGUAUGGAUUAUUUGAUACUUGGAGAAUGGUCUUGUUUAGAGAGUACAUAUAGGUUGAUGUUUUUUUUCUUGAGAUGCUCAUUGUGUAGCAUUUGGUUUCGUUAAAUUUCAUGCCCCAUUUGUCUGCCCAAUUCAUAAGGCACUUCAAAUCUGCUUGGAGGUGGUUGUGGUCAUUUAUCUCUCUGUAGACAAGACAGUCAUCUGCAAACAGCUUCACUUGAGAUUUUACAGUAUCAGGGAGGUCGUUUAUAUGACAGAGGAAGAGAAGGGGGCCCAACACUAUACCCUGAGGAACUCCUGAGUCUACAGUGGCUUUGCUUGAUCGGACGCCAUCCACCACUACUUGCAUGGUCCUUUGUGUUGGGAAUGUUGAGAGUCAGGAAUGAAGGUUGCCGUUAAUGCUGUAGUGGUAGAGCUUAUGUAGAAGAAGGCUGUGUGGAACAGUGUCAAAGGCGUUGGAGAAGUCGAGAAUUGCCAUGUGGAUCUGUUUACCUUUGUCAUAGGAUGAAAGGAGGUCAUUGGUGGUGAUGAUUAAUUGAGUUUCUGUUGAGAAUUCAGAGCAGAAACCGUGGUUUAGGUUGGUCAAGAUGUUGUAGUGUUCAAGCUGGUUCAUGAUGUGGCGAUUAGAUUAUGUGUUCUAGAAUUUUGCAUGGUACGGAGGUCAGGGAUAUUGGGCGGUAGUUUUCUGGGUUAUGGCGGUAAUUAUUAUUUAUGUUGGAAAAUAAUUAUUAUUUAUGUUGGAAAAUGACAAAAUACUAAAUGUUGAUUAGCAUUGUUUGUUGUGUAAUGGCGUCACGUUUUUUAUUCUGUUCUCAAAGAAAUAAAAGUUGAACUUACCUUGAUGGUUGCCUCUGCUUUUAAUUAUCUUCCUUAUGAAGUAACUUAGCACUUUGAUAUUUUCAACAAUUUAGUGACUAGACUGUCUUUGUCUAGUGCAUGUUUGAUUCAGCAUUCUUUAAAAGAACCUUGUAGUGAAUGAUUGUGCAUUAUUUUUCCUUCCUAUAGCGAGCUGUGUAAUACAUGUUUUUUAUUAAAUGCACAGCCUGAUAGAUUAUAUGUUCUGGAUUAAAGAUUACAUUGCUAAUGGAAAAGUGCUUUACCUAUGAAUGGGUAAAAGAAAUUGAAGAAAGAAACCAAUCUAAUACAGAAAUGUGACAUAAUGUAAUAUUUUAAAAUUUAAUCAAAAGGUAAUGGGGAAAAAUUUGCUUUGAACAGAUCACACAUUUUUAACAAUUAAAAAGUGACAUUUAUAUUUUAAUGAUUUAGUUAUCAUGUUGAAAGGGAAAUUACUUAAUACACAUUUUCUAUUUCAGUAAACUUUUGGGUGGUGGUAUUGAAAGUAUGGCAAUAACUGAAGCCUUUGGUGAAUUCAGAACAGGGAAAACACAACUUUCACACACAUUAUGUGGUAUGAAACUGAAAUAAUAGUACAUUUUUAGAUUCGUAGAUAAACUUUGUAGUCAUCAAUGUAUUAAAUAUGAUUAAAAAGUUUCUUAAAAGUUAUUUAGUCAUCAUGUUCUUCUCUUUCUUCUUUGCCUUCUUUGCUUUUAGUUUAGUAGUUUUAGCGACGUACAUAGCAUAAGCCUUUCACCAUUUCUUUCUUUUUCUUUAUUUCUGGUCUGGGCUAUUCUUUCCAGCUCAUUCCACUUCAUGCAGUUUCUCUGUUCAAGUCUUGCUCUCUUUUUAUUACCCUAGGGAUUCCAUGAGAAAGGUUACCUAGUAAUAUUAGAUUUUUUAUCAAUCCAUCUCUUUAUUCCUCUGUAUGCUUAAUUUACAGGAUGUCUACGUGAUCUUUUCCAAAUGAUCUCAUUGAGAUCUUUUCAAACCACUUUAUUUUCAGUAUUUUGCACAAAAACCUGUUCAUUAAAACUUCUUAUCUCUUGAUUUGGUUGUUCUCCAUUUGAAGAAUAGAGAAGAAUAGACUUUACUACUGAAGUGAUUAUUUUUAGCUUAACUUUUAUCAUUGUUUUAUUAUAUUUCCAUAUUCAUUAUUUAUACACAUUUAAUAUUCUUCCUUUUGAUUAGUGACCACACAGAUACCUGGUGCAAAGGGAUAUUGUGGAGGAAAAGUUGUGUUUAUUGAUACAGAAAACACUUUGUAUCCUUACAUCAGAAGUAAACAAAGCAGAUCAAAUGAAAUUAUUGCCAGGGCUGAUAGGCAUUUAGCUAUGAUUCCAGAAGGGGUGGAGGAAUUACUUGAGCAGAAUGAAAUGGGCCAUUUUUAAAGAUAUAAUUCUUAUUUAAAAUAUUUUUCUGAUAAUGCAGGGGUGUCAAGAGCACCCUUAUUGUGGUGACCGAAGAGAUACAUGUCAAAAUUAAUCGUUAGGUAAUUUUAAAAAUUAAAUCAAAUGAUUUCUUUAUCAGUUGGUCAUGUGGUAAUUUUAAGUUGCAGUUAUGUUUAUUGGACAUUAAACAUCAAAAGUUUUCAAUAAUUAUUUAAUUCAAUAUAACUAAACUGCAUUUUGCUACAUCAUGUCAACUGGAUAUGUCAAAUGGACUUUCGCCAUGGGCAUUUUGGAAGGGUACAGUCAAAUGAAGCUAAGACAAUUAUGUGUUAUUUCAGAUUUUAGCAACAAAGCACAGCAGUGUUGCACACUUUGUAAAAUAGCAUGCAGAAUUUUCAAAUGGCAUGUAUUGAGUGAAAUCAAAAGUUUUCCAUUGUAUUCCUUUGAAAGUUGAUUAAACAAUGGAAGAUGAUCUUCUCUAAUGCAAGUAUUUGUUAAACAGCUCAUUCAAUUGACAUUAAACAAUAGUACCUUAUUUGUUGUUUACCUGAAACUUAUAAAACGUGGAGGAUAAUAUGGUGAAUAUAUUUUUUUUAACCGGAGGACUACGAUGGUAAAACUUCUUUUUGGAUUUGAAGUACAAGAUAUGGGACAGCAGAAGUCUGGCUUUUUCAGAAAAAGUAAAUGAACUUGCUACCCAGUUUAUUCCCAACAUGAUUCACUUCUAUGCUCUUACCCACUAACACCUCUCAGAUCCUACAUAGUGACAUAAAUGUGUACUUGAUUUUCUGGACAAAAUUGUAAACUAUAUAAAAAUAAUUUUUUUUUAAGAUUCUGGUAAGGAGGUUAAUUUUUUUACACUGAUAGUCAUAGAUUUUUGUAAAAGGAAAUGUUUAGCUAAAUAUCAGUUGAAAGAAUUAAGUUAUUUUGGCUAGUUUCAGGGAAAGAUGAGUUUUUUCUUUACUUUUAUGAGGAAAUUUGGCAAAGAUUUACCUCCUUUCAUAGAUGCACACAACAUCCAUUACAAGAGAAUCUUAAGGCUUUUGUAAAACUGGUUUUGAAAAGUGAAUUUUUGAAAGACUGUCAUGUUUAAAUACUCGUUCGUCUGGUAGAGGAAUUUUUUAAACUUAUUCUAUAAAAAUGAUUUUUUUAUCCACAUGUGGGUGUUUCAAGUUACAUUGCUAUUAUAAAAGGUUGUCCACAUGCAGUUUAAAAGACUUUAAAAAUUCUGCUUUAUCUAAGUGAAACUAAAUUACAAUUGCCCUCAUCUUACAUCAAAAGUAAAUACAUGUUACUUUCAAUUUUUAAAAAUUACCAAAUUGAAGUUUCAAAUAUUUGAAUGGAAUUAUUGAAAUUCAUUGGGCUCACCCAAAUAAAGAUACAGUUAUAGAUUUUAGUCUAUAGGCUUCUUCCAUGAGUGCGCCCAUGAAACCCUCAAUCAUGAAUGUAUUAUUUUUAAAAGUAUAGGAUUUUAAAGCCUUAACCAUGUUUUUAGCCGUCCUGAUAGACUAAGAGAUAUUGCCGACAGAUUUAAUGUAGAUCAAAGUGCAGUCUUGGACAAUGUCUUAUAUGCCAGGGCCUACACAAGUAAGAUACAAAGAUUUUCUUUACAAAUCUAAGUUGAAAAAAAUCUUAAAUACAGCUUUUCACUAAAACUGUAACAUAAGAUUAAUUUUUUUUUUCAGGUGAACAUCAGUACGAGUUGUUAGAUUUUGUUGCUGCAAAAUUUUAUGAAGAGCCUGGAGUUUUUAAAAUGUUGGUAUGUAUAUAGAAUGUCAAUAUUAUUUCAAAUAAAUAAAAAAAAUUAUAGCUGUUAAAAUGUUACAAUUGUUUAUUGUGUCUGCUAAUGAAUACAACUAAUACAAGUUGAAGUAGGGACAUUUUUACAAAGAUAACAUCUGAAAAUUACUGUAAUUGAUUUUGGGAGCCAACCAUAAAUGAUGUAGGGGGAGGAACACAAAAAUUUGUGACAAUGUAUUAUGUGUUUAAACUUUGACAAUGUGGAGGGGAGUCCAAAAUCAGUCAAAAUAGUGUGACAUCAUUUAUGGAUGGCCCCUUCAGUAAAAAUUCUUAUAAUAGUCCUUGAGGAAACUAUUCAGUAAAAAUUAUUAUCAGAUUGUAGAUUCCAUCAUGGCCCUUUUUCGUGUGGACUUUAGUGGUCGAGGAGAAUUGGCUGACAGACAGCAAAAAUUAGCACAACUUUUAUCUAGACUACAGAAAAUUUCAGAAGGUACUGUUCCAUUUGAAUUUUUAUAAUGACUUAAACAAUGUUAAAUCCUACAUGCCAACCCUCCCAAUUGAAGUCAAAACUCUGUACAUAAAAUCUCAAAAACUCUGCAUAAAAUUAAAAACAAAAAAACUAUGCAAAAACAAAAUGAAAUACCAAAAUAAUUAUUAAUUAUUUUAAAUAAAUAUGAAUUUUUAGAAGAAAUAUUUCAAUCAGUCAAUCAUUUAAAACAAAUUAUUGUUGCAUGCAAGCAGUUUUUACCUUUCUUAUGUUUGAAAUGGUUAUGAAUAUAUUUAAAAAAAAACACAAAAUGUAUGUGUUACUUUCACACUGUAAAAAUAGAUGUGUGAUUGUGUGACCACUGAGUCUGUUUUCACUAUUAGUUUGUAGCAUAUAGAAUGAUCUCUCAGUCUUUAGUUAUGUGAGGCAAGGUCAGGAACUUUCAAUGCCAAUAUCUUUAUUAUUUUUUUACAAGUUAUAUUCAGCUAUUUAAUAUACAGCUUCCUGUGUAAUAUAAAAUUUACACAUAUUUAACCCUCUAAAUAAUGUUUAAAUAAUGCACUAAAUAAAUGAAUAAUCUAUUUUUAAAAAUAAAAGGGCAAAAAUUAUUUAUUUUUGGUGAGAAAUGUUUCUAAAUUAUAUGAUGCAUUAUUAGCCACUUGCUAUUGGUGAAUCCAACAUCCAAAAAUUAAUUGCAAAGAAUUUGGUGCUUUAUAAAUUUAUUUUAUGCAUAUUGUUAUUGAGUCAUUUUAGGAUCUUUGUUUUGUGUGAUACAUGACCUGGUGACCAUCUGGAAUUAAGAACAUAUUUGCCCAUCUUAAUAAAAAUAAAAAUUGUGUUGAAUUUUUAUUUUGUUUACAUCUAAUUAAGAUAGACAAUUUUCAUUGUCAAUGUCACAUGAUGGACAAGCAUUAAAACACUGCUAUUUAUGUUUAUUAAAGUACAUUAUAACUGCUACAGCAAAGUAUUUGUUAUUCUAUAAAAGAAUUCAUGUAUUAUUUUUGCUUACUUGCAUUCAGACGCAUCACAUCAGUUACAAAGUCAUGUUACAUCAGUUAUAUUAUUAUACGACGAUACACAACUUCAUCAAUCCGUGAUCCCUUCUCAGUUCCCUCAGCUGCUCAGUAUGACACAGAAGACAAUGGAUUCGGUUAAGCACUGGAUGACCAUAAACAAGCUCAAAUUAAAUGAUGAUAAGACUGAGCUGCUCCCCAUCGCGACCGCUCAGAAGCAAAAAUCUGCAAAUAACACGUCAUCCAUUACUCUCUCAGGUGUGCGUAUUGAGUUAGCUCAAACAGUGCGGUAGCUGGGUGUCUACCUAGAUAGAAGACUAACUUUUGAAAGUCAUAUUAACAUGCUAUGCAAGGCGAUUUUUCUGGAGCUGCGCAGGAUUAGUCACAUCAGGCCCUUCCUAACAAUUGAUGCAACAAAGAGGCUGAUGUCUGCAUUUGUGCUAUCACGCAUGGACUAUUGCAAUGCUCUCAUGGUGGGUCUUCCAGCUACGCUCCUGGAUAAAAUUCAAAUAGCACAGAAUAAUGCGGCUCGCAUUGUUCUCCGCAAACGCAAGUUCGACCAUGCAAAAACAUUUCUGAGAGAGUUGCACUGGCUGCCGGUGCGUGCUCGCAUAGAGUACAAAAUCGCAACUUUGUGCUACCGCUGCUUACAUGACCUGGCGCCGUCCUAUCUGAAAGAGCUGCUGACGCCUUAUGUACCCACUAAAGAGCUCCGCUUAUCCGAUAGUGGCAAACUCUCGACACCACGUGUUUGCCUUGAGACUUACGGAAAGCGCACUUUCGCAUUUGUUGGUCCAACAAUUUGGAACGCCCUUCCUGUUGAUCUCAGAAACAACCAGACACUGGAGUCCUUUAAAACCGAUUUAAAGACACAUCUAUUUCACAAACACCUUCUGGGAUGAUUGUCAACCUUAUUUUCCAGUUAAUACAUAAUGGCUGUGUUGCGUAUGGUUGAAAUGGCUAGAAAGACUUUGCCAUUGUAUGCUUGUAAUUAGUUUUUGUAAUGUUGCGUUUGUUUUAAAUGUGGUAAAUUAUAGAUUUAUUUUUUGUUGACUUUGUACCGCGCUUCAAGCCUUUGGGGAUGAAGCGUGUUUUUGAAAUGAACUUUAUUAUUAUUUUACUAUCAUGCUUAAUAUAUUUGUGUAAAUCCUAUUGUUUUACAGUCUGCCAACUUAAGAUCCAAAAACAUGUAUAGUUUUGCAUACUUAUGGAAUUUAUCAUUUACACUGGAAGCAAAUAGAAAUUAUUUUUUUUAAAGUUACGUCAGUUAAAAUGGAAUUCAUCUAUCAUCAUUAUAUAUAUUAGACCUUGUGCUUGUAGAUAUAUAUCUUUUUAUGAUUUACACAAAAGAUUUGGUAAUGUUUUAAUUACUGACUAUAAUGUAUUAUCAGCUGCUUUAGAUUCUUAUGCAAAGACUUAUGAAUGUUUUUAGCAUUAGUUCCAUUUUUAGGCCACAGCUAUUCCGACAAUGACCAAAGUUAUUUUAAAUGGUUCAAUUGGCUUAAAAUUUCAUUUUGAUCCAAAUUGCUUGUAAGUUUUAAAAAAUGUCCAUUUAAAGACACCAGUGUGCUAAUAAAUAUAGAUAUAUAUUUUGAUAAAAUGGGACAACCAGGUACAAAAUUCAAAAUUGGGGAUGUAAAAACUGUAAAAUGCUGGAAUCAAGUACAAAAAUGAGGAAAUCAUAAUAUGCAGUUACAAGCAUAACAUUCCAUUUAUAUUGACACAAUUUGAAAAGUUGAAUAAUGUUCCUAUUCAAAGUCUUUCAGUGGGAAGUAGCAUUUUUAUUAUUUUUUUCCAUUAGAAUACAAUGUGGCCUGCUUUGUUACAAAUCAGAUGACAGCAGAUCCAGGAGCCACUAUGUCGUAAGUUUCAAGAUGCCAUUGACAAUUUUUUCAAUGAAUUAUGUCAAUAUUCACUGUUAAAUCUCAAAUAUAGUUUUAAAUAUUUAGUUAAAUCAACCUUUCACCUUUAUUUGUAAAUUUUAAGUAAUAAAACGAUAACUUUUAAAUUCCAGAUUUCAAGCAGAUCCCAAGAAACCUAUUGGAGGUCACAUUCUUGCUCAUGCCUCAACAGUCAGGAUUAUGUUUAGAAAAGGCAGAGCAGAGAACAGGAUUGCCAAGAUAUAUGACAGGUAGAACUGUAAAAAGCUUUUGCUGUUGAAACUUGAAAACUUUUAAGUUUAAGCAACAUAAAUGUCCAAACUAUGUUUGAAAAAUCAAAAUGAUCCAAAUUGAUUUGGAUUGUGAUACAAAUGAUGUGUACGGUCAAGAUAAUCAAAUCUAACUUUACUUAUUUCCUUUUCGAGAUAUUGAUUGUCUUUUACAAUUAAAUUCUGAAGUUAACUAUUUGAAUCUUAAUUAAGCUGAUUGAACCCAGGAUCAUUCCCAGACCCAUUUUGGUCUUUUUUUAAAAUCUUUAAUUGCAUCCAUUUCAGGGAGAAAAGAAAAACUCGUAAGUUUUUAACACUGUUUAAGAUUUUCUUGUGCAAUUCUUCUUUAAUAGCCCUGAUCUACCUGAAAAUGAAGCAACUUUUGCCAUUGGUCCAGGUGGAAUCAUGGAUGCCAAGGAGUAAUUUUUUAUUGUCCUCCUAAAUACUGUAUGAUUUAA